AUGGCAUUCAUAUUCCUUGACUACAUUUUUGGUGCCUUUCUGGUAACCUUUGCGUACUUCCUCAAACAAAAGAAAUCGCCGACACUACCGGUUCCGCCGGGUCCUCAGGGACUGCCGAUUAUCGGCAACGCUCUGCAGAUUCCCAAAGAACGCACUUGGUUGGUCUACGCUGACUGGGCGAAGAAAUAUGGUGAUCUUACCCACCUGACUGCUUUCGGACAGCAUCUCAUCAUUGUCAACACGCGUUCCGCAGCUCGCGAGUUGCUCGAGAAGCGCAAUGCCUCCUACUCUGGAAGGGUUCAUAUGACUUUUGCAGGCGAACUCAUUGGCUGGAAGAAGAGCGUCGCCAUGGUCGAAGGACCACGGCACACCCAGACUCGUAGGAUGGCCCAGCCUUUCAUGAGCCUGAGCAGUGUGCGAGCUCAGUAUGGGGAUGGAAUGACAUGUGAAGCACACAGGCUUUUGCAGAACUUGCUCGACUGUCCGGACAAAUGGAUGGAGCAUUACCGAUCGAGUGCGGGGGCCUUCAUCAUGCUUACAACUUACGGCACUCAGCCGGGAAAGGAGCGGGACGCCCUGGUAGAUGAAGCCAAGUCUGUGGUAUACCACUUUUCGGUCGCGGCUACCCCAGGAAACUGGAUGGUUGACUUCCUCCCCUUCCUCAAGCAUGUUCCCUCCUGGGUACCUGGAUUCGGAUUCAACGCAACAGCCAAAACAUGGCAUGACGAAUUGGAGCAUCUCGUAAACUCUCCCUUCGAUCGAGUCAAGACUUUGAUGUCAAGACAUCGCAUGACUCCUUGUAUUGCUUCCAGACUUCUGGAGAACAAUCCCGAUUUCGAGAGCGAAAUGCUCAUUCGCUGGCUUUGCGGCUCGCUCUUCGCAGCCGGGGCCGACACGACAGUCGGUGCCCUAGCAUGCUUUACAUUGGCGAUGACCAACUUCCCUGCGGCACAGCGCAUUGCCCAAACAGAGCUCGAUGCUAUUGUUGGUCGCGAUCGCCUGCCUGCAUUUCACGAUCUCGACCAUGCACCUUAUGUCCACGCUCUAGUGAAAGAGGUGCUUCGCUGGGGUAUCAUCGUCCCCAUGGGGUUUCCACAUCGGCUUGCUGCACAAGAGGACGACGUCUACCAAGGUUGGCGGAUACCGGCGAACACGUUGCUUAUGCCUAAUUCUUGGGCAAUUCCAGUUUUCGGCUUUGGUGGCCGAGUAUGUUUGGGACAACAUGUGGCAUAUGCAACCUUGCUUAUCCAGAUUGCAAGUAUUCUCGCUACGUUUGAUAUAUGCGGAGUGAUAGGAAAGGAUGGAAAACAAAUCGCCCCCGGAAAUGUGGGGUUUUCGACUGGGGUGGUCACGCAUCCCGACCCUUUCCAAACUGUUCUCCGUCCACGGUCGAGGGAAGCAAUGGAGCUCAUCCAGGCCGCGAACGCGUUCGAGUGA